UCCUAAGGAGCCACACCUUAUUAAUGAGGGACAAAGCUGGGACCUUGGACAACCCACGACCAUUAACAAAAAACACUGCAUUGUCCAAAGAUGACUUGGUUAUCCAAAUCAAUUACGAGCCUUGGCUUGCUGUUUCUCACGCAUGCGUACGUGUAUGCCGAAAUUCAAAUGAUGUUGCAAUGACUGACAAAUUUUACUCCUUUAGUUGUUAUUCUGCCCACGAACACUCAGCCCUGCAAUCUACGGGAACUGCCCAUCUAUCCUCUAUCCCCUCUCACGCUGCGACCACUGUUUCUCUACCAAUCGACAUAUCUAUUGAAACCAUAGUUUCCGUUUUCAUUAUUUGCCUUGGCUUGGUAUUAGGCACACCUGAAUUACGACCUAUACAAUGGCGCGUCUGGGCAGGUAAAAUUGAGCGGGAGGGAGCGAAAGGUUUCAUGAAUGCCGAUGGCGAGGUGGAUAAAGAUUUUGUUGGAAACCCUUUUAAAGUCCUUGAGAGUCGACCAAGCUUCAUAGACAUUAGAAGACAAAGAUAUGAAUUUGCGGCGUGGGUUAGAGAAGGAGGGGAACAAACACCAGCACGGGUGUCAUAGAUGCGAGGAACAUGGUCAGAAAGAAUACUGUAUGGUGCUGUUGCUGUGGACGUUGUGAAUUACAUGAUCUUGGUCGGGGACCAUGUUGCACAUGAAGGGUAUGUGUUUUGAGUUGCGAAUAAAUAUCACUCAGUGGCCCAAAAGUCCAUGUGUCAUGCCAUUCAAACAGAACAUCCCGAAUUUUCUGGUGCCCAAAAUCCUUAUCCGUUUUGUCUAUUUCAAACUUCUUCGGCUAGCCGUUUGUGCUGCCUAAGGGACGUUAAGUAGAGCUGGACAAAUGAGGGAGGAACACUUUUCGCUUCUUCAAACCAAUUUUGAAAUGCUCACCUUUCACU